UUAUGUUCGUGAUUUGCAAGAGACAAACUGAACAGCAGGGCCGCCCCUGAAUGAGCCUGAGUGCUUUGUUACGAUAAGGCUGAUAAGCGCGUGCUUCCCUGCCCUGCCUUUAUAAAAGUUGCCGUCCCGCCGCUGCCCGCCCGCAUAGGAGCCUGGAGCGUCACCGCACUGAAGAUCCGCUCAGCGACCGCCCGGACACACACAAGGACUUCCGCCCGCUCAGGUCUACUGACAUAUCUCAUUCCUCAUCCAUGGAUUCAACAUACUUCAAUCAAACCUUUGGGAACUGCAGCAGUGAAAGCUCCCUUGAAAACGUUUUGUUUGCUGCUUUUUACCUGGUCAUAUUCUUGUUGGCUCUUGUAGGGAAUGGACUUGCUCUGUGGGUCUUCUCUGGGCAACGUGGGCCUUCCUCUCCAGCCAACAUUUUUCUGGUACAUUUGGCUGUGGCAGAUCUAUCUUAUGUGGCAAUCCUGCCACUGAGAGCUGUAUAUCACUUGCUAGGGGGACACUGGCCCUUUGGAGAAAUCCCAUGUCGGAUAUCAGGCUUCCUUUUCUAUGUUAAUAUGUACGCUAGCCUUUAUUUCCUGGCUUGUGUGGCAGGUGACCGUUACUUGGCUGUUGUGCAUGCUGUGCGCUCCCUGAAAAUUCGCCGUUCCCGAUAUGCUCAUUUUGUUAGUGCAGGACUGUGGCUCCUCGUGACUGUGUCUAUGGCACCCCUGCUGGUAUCUGGACAAACUGCACAAGUGGACAACAUCACAGUCUGUUUGCAGCUGUACCGGGAAAAGGCUUCCAAGAGUGCUCUGAUCUCCCUUGCUUUGGCCUUCACUCCUCCCUUCCUUGUCACACUUACCAGUUAUAUCCUGAUUGCCCAGAGUCUUAGACAAGGCAUGAGACUUGAGCCUGGUCUCAAGUCCAAGGCUCUACGCACCAUCAGCUUGGUGCUUCUCAUAUACCUUGUAUGCUUUCUUCCUUAUCACAUUAGCCGGGCCACCUUCAUUCUCACACAUGGUGAGCCCACAGCUCCCUGUCCCCUCAAAAGGACUUUGCUCUUGGGCAAUCGUGUGACCUCUUUCCUCACUUGUCUCAAUGGUGCUCUUGAUCCCUUGGUGUAUAUUUUUGGUGCUGAGAAGUUUCGUGAUGGGCUUCAAAGGCUGCUGUGUAGAGGAAAGGCUGAACCAUCAGUUGUCACCAGUGGAGAAGGAAAAGUAACGCAUGAGAGCUCCAUUAGUGCCAAGUCUGAACUUUAAAGUGAAUUUGGCAGAGGUACUGUUUUUCAACUUAUGCAAAUUUUAUACAAGAAGAAUUACAAGUGCCUGAUUAUCUAAUAGUGGCCAGCAGGUAGAUGCCAAGUCACCCUGACAAAACUACUGCAAAAAUCAUACUGUGAUGGUAAAAACCACCCAUAAUUCAAGACUGUAAAAUAUGCUUACAUAUUAAUUAAUUACUUAAAGUACUAAUUUAUUUUUUCUAUUCAAGUGAAUUGUAACACGUAUCCUAGCAGGUUCAGAUCCUGCUCAUUUCAUUUGGGCUUACAGGGAGAAAGCACUUAAAAUGUCAGCAAUGGUUGUGUAGGCCAUAAUAUGUCCUGUCACAGAAGACUGAUAGUUUGCAGAAAUUUGAAGAACUUAUUUAAAUAUAUAUUUAUAUAUUCAACACACAAUAUAUCAAUCUAUUUUUAUAUCUGCCUGCCCAUUUUUGGGUUGUGUGGGACCAGAGCCUAUACUAGCUUCUUUUGAGCAUAAGGUAGGAACUAACCUUGCAUUGGAUGAUACAUCAGUACAGUUUCUCACAUAUUCAUAUAAACAACAGAAAUAAUAACAAUCAUUUUCUAUUAUCUGUAUCUGUGUUGACUAUUACUAGCACAUGUAGAUUAUUAUUUUCUGCCCUGGGGCCUCAUUUAUAAAACAUUGAGUGGAUGCUAAAGUAAUCAUAUGUGUGUCAUGCAUACAAAAAAAAUCAGACUUAUAAAACAUGGCAUGUGCAAAUUUAUACUCAAUUUACCUCAUUUAAAACACACUCAACUUGUAAAUGGCUGUACGUGAACAUGCCUUGAACAUCACCCUGAAACAUCCAUAUAUGGAACAUGCUAAUCAACCUUCAUAUGCAAGUACGAUGCUGCAGAACUUCACUGGCUGGUAGAGCAGCCUUCCACUUGAUGCAUCAUCACACUGCUGCCUGCAUUCAAGACUAUCUGGCUGUGCACUGCAACUGAGUGUGUGAGAUCAUGAGCACCAUUAUAACGCCUCUCCUCUGCUUUCUGGGGGCUAGGGAAUGGCAUAAGGCACCAGCACCUGAGCAUUCAGUCGCUAUUACCUGACACAGUACAUGAUUGCUGUUACAAUGAAUAGUAUAGAGGCCAUAUAAAAUACUGAGCCUUCAGUCAAUUACCUUACCAAUAUGCCAGCCACCAUGUACAGCACCAUCAUGUCUGUCAAAGCUGUCAGAUCAAUGAAUCAUGGGUUGACCUAGGCCACCGAGCCAUGAUGUUGUGUCAAUCUUGACAUCACAGUUGACAUGUUUGUUAAUGGAAUAUCACUGCUCACAGUUAAAAAAAGCAGCUUCAUUCUUGCAAGAUUGCCUUUAUGCAUUAUGAGUACAAUACAAUUAAGAGAACUGGACAGUGUUGGCAAAAACAUGUUAUGUUUUAUGCAUGUGUAUGCAAAUUAUACAAAAACUGGCCAGUUGAUAAAUGGUUUCCAGCAGAGCAGACAUGAUGCAGUGGAGCUUGGCUGAGAUAUUCCUGACCCGCCGGCCUGUUACCUGAUUCUGUUAGUGAUAACAGGGAGCCAAAACAUACUGACAAAUAGAAUCAAAAAAGCUCUUCAGUGCAAUUAUGCAGCGAUGUCCCUCUCAAAAAUUAAUUAAAAUACAGUCUGAACAUAUUUAUCACUUUUGAGGUGUAAUAUAUCGGUCACAUCAACACACUUUAUGCAUGUGAGUCGUAAUUUACCUGGUUUGGCUGCAUCUCCCUACUUAACUCAGUUUCUCUGAGAUGUUGUGUAUAUACGGGUCAGAGUUGCUGUAAAUAUGCAUACGUUCCCUCGUCAAGCUUUCUUUUAUAAAUCCAGACAUUUGCGUGGGAAGUUACAUACACACAUUUCUGGCCUGUUUUUGUGCAUCCGUAAGCUUAAUAAAUGAGACCCUUUGUCCAUUGUAUGUUCUCCUCCUAUCCAAGUAAGAUUUCUCCCACACUCCCAGAGACUUUCAAAUUACUCUGACUGGUGCCUUUUGAAUUGAACUGGCGUGUGUGUAUCUACCUAGUGACAAACUAGAGUCUUGUUAAGGGUCCAUUACUGCAUUUCACCUUGUACAGCAGGGGAUGGCGGCCUUUGGCUCCUUGUGACCCUAUAAUGGAAAAAGUAGGUCCAGAAAAUGGAUGGAUGGAUGGGUAGAUUAUUAAUGAAUCCAAAAUACAUAUUUGUUUUUAUGAUUUAUAACAUUUUUUCAAUAUUAUUAUCCAAUGAAUUUCUUACAUAUUUUACACGUUUUAGAUGACGUUAGAGAUGAAAGUCUUAAUACACAAAAUGGAGAAUCAACCUACUCUUUGCUAACACAACCCACGCAUUCAAAAGUCAGCAAAGGAUGAGUGUAAAUAAGCUAGAUCCUCAGUCGGGAGGUGAAAUUAGCUAAGAUUUAAAUACUUGACAGAAAUUAAAACCAGUGACCAAUGUGGAAAUUAAGAAAUAUAGACAAUCUGGUCUAUACAAUCAAAACCCUGAAGAGAAGCAAGUUGCAAAUUCCAAAAAGAGUAUUAGCUGACAUUGGGUAUUUUAAAUAAUUUAUGUAACAGUGACUUGCUUUGAACCAACUGUGAAUACUUAAUUAAUUUAUUACCUUAUCUGAAAAUGUACUGCCAAAAUUAAAG